UCAAAGAACGCAGCGCGAUUAAAAGACGCUGCUAUCGGAACUGCCCCCACGGCCAACCUCGGGCUGAUCUUCCGGUAGCACAAGAAACUCGUGUCAGAGGGUUUUAGAUCCUGUUACAUCCCUCCGACACCUCCGGGGCCACUAUCUAUUAGCCCCCGAGCGAUCGCGAAAAUUGUUGCGCCUGGUAUUUUUCGGUCCGCUUCGACAAGCCAACUCGAAAACCAAGCCUGGACCUUUGGCGUCGAAGCCCUAUCGAAGCCGAUUGUUGUGUGGCCGAAGCGCCGACCACCUCGCCUCUUCCUGAGAACGGCCCAGCUCCACUCUCAGCUGGACACCCGGUGAACACGCCGUCCAAAGCGCUCGAUCGAACCCCACGAGCUUUCGGCAUCAUGGAGGACAACAGAGGCCCGAGGAGGCAGAAUGAGCCGCCCAUUCAUGGCGCGUCCAACCCGCGAUACCACCAGUCGCUGCAUGACUCGACGCAGCAGCGGCGGUCUUUUGCUGGUGCGCAGGGGGGUAGGUACCGGGCUGCACCUCUUACCUCUUCACCAUCAGGAGCGGCCAGAGGAAUGAGCGGUUCGGCUGGCUACAGCGGUUAUUAUCAAGAGCCAUCCGCGGCGGGAUUUCCUACGACUGCCAUGCCUCAGGGCGCGAUGAGUUAUCACCACGGACCGUCUGACUACGGCCAGCCUGAUACACGACAAACUCAAGGCUUCGCCAGCACCUACAACCCAAAUGCUCUGAUGUAUAACGUACCCCAAGGCGCCGGGCCACAGAGCACCACGGUAUACGACACAAGCCAGCAGUUCCCUCAACGGCAACCGGCAACACUGCAAAUGAUGGCAACUGAUGUCACUGCCCCGUAUUUUUCGAGCGAGCCAACAAACACGGCGGCAGCAACCGCUUUGCAGGCGCAAACGGGACCUUCCAGCGCACAGGUGUAUGGGCAAUCUAACAUGCCAAGUUACUCGUCUGGUGGGAUGACUGGUAUGGGAGGUAUGAAUGCGCAGGCUACCUCAACCUCCGACGUCAGGAUGGAGGACGAUUAUCCGGCGGGAGGAACCCUGGAUCACGCUUACGCAUCCUAUCAAACAGCAUUGAAGGAGAUAUUCCAAAACAUACAGAACGGUGUUCUGGCCACGGCUAGUGAUUCGCUCAUUCGCGUCUCGGACUGGCUCUUGUCGCAUGUGGCAGACUUGGGACUCACCUCAGACGACCAGAGUUUACACGGUGACAGAAUCAAGCUGUGGAACGAUUUCAAUCACGCUUGGUUGGGUAUUCUUCAGCGCCAGAAAGAAAUGACAGAAUCUGGCCAGCAACCACAGCGCUCGCAGAGCGUAAUCUCGGAAGAAGGAUUGAAAAAGAUGGGGAAGGAGCUUAUCAGAUUGUGCGACUCGAUUGAGCGCCAUGGUCUCGUUGACUAUCAAUAUGGCGUCUGGGAGGAACAGAUCAUUGAAAUCCUGACGGAGUGCUUGAACAUCUACGAACCAACGGAGUCAUCCGGGGACGAUGGCGCCGCCCCUGAUUCACAGCGCCGAUGAAGAAAGUCUUAUGACUCUUGAUUCACGUUCUGUCGAAUCCGGUCAUCGGAAGGCGAACAUUUUGACUCGACAUGGCCUUUUCUUUUUGGAAAGCAUUGCUAUCUCUUCUGGAUAUCAGGCGACACCAAUUGUAAUGCUGUGUUGGUUUUUCCUUUUUCAAGUGUCUCGUGCUCCAGCGCAAGGAGUUGGGAAGUUGCUUUUGGCCCCAAGACCCGGAGUUGGUUGGACGUUGUGUGUAUAAUUGGUGUGGCUUACGUAUCAAGGCAUAUUUCUCCCCAACUCGGUCCGGCGUUCAAAAGAAAAAAAACACAAGGGAUAGGGUGUUUUCUUGCUUUUGCACUAGAUCAUGGGAGGUUUUACGGUUUGGAUGAUAUGGGCGCAUACUACGGGUGAGAAGGG